CCAUGUCAAGCCCAACAAUCCAUCAAACAGUUUCCUCCAGGGUAUAUAUGUAAUUCCAAAAGAUAAACAUUUCGCCAGCGGCAGGGAGAGCAAAAUCCUCUCUCUAUCGCGUGGACUCUUUUCUCAAAACCAUGAAUUGAAAUCAAGAAAUAGGAUAAUUCAAUUCUUGUUCUUACUGUAAACCAUCAAUUUUCAAUGUAUUAUUAGCACACAAAGUAGUUAAUUUCACCAUGGAAGAGGGAACUCAAAUUCUGGAGAUAAACUUAAUCUCUGCUCAAUCCCUCAAAACCCCAGUCGCUAACUUGCGCCGUAUGCAAACCUACGCCUUACUCUGGAUUGACUCAUCCACCAAACUCCGUUCCAAAAUCGAUAAUUUCGGCGGCGAAAACCCUACUUGGAACGACAAAUUCCUCUUCCGUGUAACACCAGAUUUCAUUUCCAGCGAUACCUCCGGUGUAUCAGUUGAAAUCUACGCCGUUGGUUAUAUCAAAGAUCAUCUCAUCGGUACCGUACGAUUACUGAUGAGUAAUAUGUACUCUGGAAUUAGUACUGCAACUCCGGCUUUUACAGCUGUACAAGUUAGAAGACCUUCUGGAAGAUUCCAUGGAGUUUUGAAUAUCGCUGCUUCGGUUUAUAGUAGUACUGAUUUUACGUUAUUGAAUGGAUUAACUGCUGUAUGUUUCCGUGAUUUGAUGCAAGAGAAAGAGAAUGGUGGUAAAUGGGGGAGACGACGCCGUUUAAGCCGUGUAGGAUCGAAGAGGAGUGAACAAUCAUCAAUUGGGACCGUUGGAUCUUGUGAUUCUUGUGAUUUUGAUUAUUCGGACGGUACUGAUUCGACUACUUCUUCAUCGUCGUCAUCGGUUGUUUCAACAGCGUUGAAAGAUUGGAAUUGUGUAAGAACAGUGAUGGCGGGAAAGAAUGAUUUGAAAUCAUCGGACGGUGGAGGUUUGUUGUGUGGAUUAAUGAUGCAGAAGAAGAUUCAAUUGCGACCGUUAGAUCAGAAUUCAGGGUUCUGGGCUGAAUCCUUUGAGAAGGAGCCAUAAUGAACGGUCCAGAUU